AUGUCUCUGAGUGCAGGCGACCGAGAACGAUUCGAACGUGCAUUAAAACGGAAUAUUAUUAAACGCGAUCAAGCUGUCGAGCAAUUUUCAAUUCUAAUGGGUCUUGUGAAUACUGCUAAAACCGACGAGUCCGGAAUUUCGAUACUACAACCGCGAAUAGACGACAUUGAAAUCUUAAUAACUGAUGUCCGUUUAUAUCAAGAUGCUAUUUUAGACCAGCUUAUCGAACUCGACCGCGAUAGUGAAUUUCCGACAGUACACAAUCCGGUAGGGAAAAUCGCAUUGGACCACUAUUACGCUAUUAAGGCUAUUAGUGUUGAACUUGGCAUAAACAAUCGUAAUAUUACUCCAACUCCUACGACACAUAAUAUUCAAUUACCAAAGAUACAAUUACCGUCGUUCGAUGGACAAAUUAUACAAUGGCGAUCUUUCCGUGAUACCUUUACGUCGUUAGUGCAUGAUAAUAGUCAGUUAUCACAGAUUCAAAAAUUCCAUUAUCUGUUGUCCGCCGUAUCUGGUUCAGCGGCUACAACGGUUAAAUCAGUUCCGUUAACCGACGCUAAUUAUCCAAUUGUAUGGCAAAGUUUGAACGAUCGCUUCGACAAUAAACGUGUCCUUUUAGGUGCACACAUGGAUGCACUAUUUCGAAUUUCUCCCAUGAAAACCGAAUCUCUCGGGGAGUUAAAGCAUUUUUUAACUACAUUCCAAGAAAAUAUAUCAGCAUUAAAGGCACUUGAAAUUGACGAUUUCCCAGGUUUUUUUAUGUUUUAUAUUGCAUCUCGUGUACUAGAUCCCGUUACUCGCCAAGCAUUCGAAUUUGAAUAUCACGCCGCGGACGUACCUACAUUUGAUAUGUUGGCAGAUUUCGUACAGAUUCGCUGCCAAGUGUUACAAAAUUCGUAUCAAGUGUCAAGCACUAAUACCGGACACAAAACCCAUCCUAAACCAAAAGUAUCAUUAGCUACUUCAUCAACCACGGAAUCAUUAAAAUGUGUGUUGUGUAAAUCAACCCAUAUGUUGUACCAGUGUCCAAAAUUUUUACAGCAAAACGUGAAACAACGUUUUCGCCUUGUGAAAACAAACCGCGUGUGUACAAAUUGCUUAGGUACGUCCCAUAAAACGUCAGAAUGUAAGUCUACAUACACUUGCCGCCACUGUGCGUCCAAACACCACUCAUUACUGCACAUGGAUACAGCACAAGCGCGGAAGAAUUCAUCUCCUACGAAUAGGGGUAUCGGUGUUAGCCAAUCCAUACCUCUGCCCUCCGCUAUGUCUACACCAAUUGUAUCCGAUACGGUUGGCAGUACGCCGUUUGUGGGGACAUCAAGCUCGAAAACAAACGUAGUACUUGGUACAGCCGUUAUACGCAUACGUAAUAAUUGUGGACAGUUAUCUCCCGUCCGUGUGCUCAUUGACACAGGAUCACAAAUAUCCGUAAUCACUACUGCUUGCGUAGCACGAUUGUGCAUUAAACGUUGCCAUAGUAAUACCGCGGUAAUGGGGUUGUCCCAAAUGUCAGUAUCCACGACCAAGGGAUCAACUAAGUGUACUAUAAUACCACGCCAUUCCGCCACGCCCGAAAUUUAUUGUGAACCUGUAAUUUUAUCUAGGAUAACCGGGCCGAUGCCAACCGUCCAACUACCUAGUAAAAUUCGUACCACCUACUCACAGUUAUUGUUUGCAGAUCCGUACUUCGAUGUACCCGGUCAAAUUGACUUCCUGUUGGGCGCGGAUAUAUAUCCAUACAUACUCGGACCAUCUUGUCAGGUAUUACACACACCAAAUUGUCCGUCCGCAUUCGAAACACAUUUAGGAUGGAUUAUAGUGGGCCAAUCCUGUGUUGACUCACAUACUCCGCCCGUAUCCUUGUUGCUAGCGCCGGAGCCUUCGAUAGACCAUUUAAUACAACAGUUUUGGACCGUCGAAGAGCCCGUAAAUACAAAUAACUUGUUUACAAUCGACCAACAGUGUGAAGACCAUUUUCUUCGUACGACAACUCGAGACAGUACGGGUAGGUUUUCACUAGCAUUACCAUUUAACAACGAUGCAUCUUGUCUCGGUAACUCGCAUGAUAUGGCGAUAUCGAGGUUCUAUAACUUGGAACGCAAACUGCUGAAAGACCCGUUGGUAUACGACCAUUAUCGGUUAUUUAUGUUGGAGUACGAACAGUUAGGUCAUAUGAAACUCGCGUCAAGGCCGGGAAAAUACUAUAUUCCGCAUCAUGCAGUGGUUAAGCGAAAUGGAGCAAAAAUGAAACUCCGAGUAGUAUUCGACGCCUCUGCCAAGUCAUCUUCAGGGAAGUCCUUGAACGAUCUGCUCCAUGUUGGCCCCAAACUACAAACAGAUAUAACUGAUUUGCUACACCGCUGUCGUUUCAAUCACUACAUAUUUACAGCAGACAUUUGUAAAAUGUACCGCCAAAUAAAAAUUAAUACAGAAGAUUGUCAAUACCAGCACAUAUUUUGGCGUGCAACACCAUUAGAACCGCUACGUGACUACGAACUUACGACAAUUACUUACGGACUCACGUCGUCUCCGUUUCAAGCGAUUCGUGUGCUGCAUGAAUUAGAACAAAACGACGGACAUCUUUACCCGUCAACGAGGGAUGUUUUGUCAACACAGACAUAUGUAGAUGAUAUCCUUACUGGUCGUAAUAGUAUCACAGACUUACUUAAAUUACAAGAUGAGGUCACACAGCUACUACUUCGAGGUGGUUUUGAACUUAAAAAAUGGUCGUCCAAUUCUACAGAACUCCUGUCUAAGAUUCCUCUUGACGAUCAAGUUAAUAGCUUAUCAUUCGAUCCUAAGGAUGAUGUUGGAAUAAAAAUACUUGGAUUGCAUUGGCAACCAGCCACUGAUACGUUUAGUUAUCAUACUUCAUCAAUACCUCCAAUUUAUACAAAAAGAUCAGUGUUGUCAACAAUUGCAAAACUAUACGAUCCUCUUGGGGCUCUUGCUCCUAUGAUAUUCUGGGCCAAGUGCUUCAUGCAAUUACUCUGGCAAGGCGGCCUUAAUUGGGACGAUAAUUGCCACCAAAUUUAUCUGACUUAUGGGAACAAUAUUCUUCGGAGUUGCAUAUGGUUUCAAAUCGCCGAACUUAUACCAAAUUGCCAAUGGCGUCAUGUUGCCUCUGAGUCGAAUCCCGCAGAUUGUGUAUCAAGAGGGCUAUUUCCAUCUCAAGUUCCUAACCACCAUCUCUAUUGGCAAGGUCCCCAGUUUUUAAAAUUGCCUGAAUCUGACUGGCCAACUACAUGUUUCCAACUCAUGCCAGCUUCACAGUUGCCGGAAUAUUCGGAUUCGACGAAAGCAUGCUUAAUGACGUUGCCCCGAAUGAAGUCGAAUGGUUCUCACGUUUUUCAUCGUUGCGCCGUAUGCAAAGAGUCAUGGUCAUCAUUUAUCGCUUUAUAA